AUGCUUUAAUUUGUGUCAUUCUCGAUAACCUGAAAAUUGCCUUCGAUUAUUACACCAUAAUUAUAUAAACAAAACUGGUAUAUUUCGUCAGAACUUGAUACAUAUAAGAAAAAAAGAAAUCAAUUUUAGGAUUAAGUCUGUUGUUUUAGUAUUAAUUUUUCAUUCAAAUGGUUAGACAAUUGGUACAAAAAGUUGUUCGGAUUGUUUAAGGAACACCAACUGUUCGACAAAUUGUCUGCGUAAAAGGUUGCAACUGUUCAUAACCAAAAUCAAGAUUCUUAAAUCCGACACAGCAAAUUUUGUUUCGAAGAAGUUUCAGAUUAUGGAGAGCAGUAAAGAAGAAAAUGCCUCUAUUCUUGAUCGUGCUUCUCGAGCUACCAGAGGCAAACGGAUGACCAAAUUGUUGGAUGAUGAGUUAGAAGAGGAUGAACUGUUCUGGAACCAGGAAGCUCUUAAAGAUGAAGAGAAUGACGUUGAAUAUGAAGAGGAAGGGGAAGCUGUGGAUGUUUUCGACAGUGACUUUGAUGAAGACGAAUCUGAGCCUGAUGAAGAAGGAGAAAAUGAACCAGUUGACAGGACACUGAAGAAAAAGCGAUUGAUCUAUCCAGGAAAACCAUCUGCAAAGAAGAAAAAGACAAUGAAAAACCUUACCAAGUCAGGAAAAGAACCCCAAGAAAAUGAAGAAGCUCUAGAUCCGUCCACCCCUUCUGAACAUCAUGAUACUCAUGAUGACACCGAAGCAGAGAGAACACUUAGGAAAUCAACAAGAACGGCUGUCGUUGUAAAGCAAGCUGAAAGGGAAGCCAUCCGUGCAGCCAUGCAGGCAACAGCGAAGCCUGUCAAAAGAAAAAAGGAAGGGGAGGAAAAGAAGAUGACUCAAGAAGAAAUGCUUCUUGAAGCAGCUCAAACAGAGGUCAUGAAUCUGAGGAAUUUGGAGCGGGUUCUAGCAAGGGAAGAAGAAGUCAAGAAAAAAGCCAUCGUGCAUAAAGCUGUUUACAAUGGUCCUCUGAUACGAUACAUAUCCACGAACGGUUCUACCUAUCUAGAGUUUGUCAACGGAGCAUCUUUCAAUUCGCAGAUUUCAACAACAGCUCCUCCAUACGCCCAGAAGGCAGUGUGUGCAGUUACUGGUUUGCCUGCACGGUAUCGUGACCCGAAGACUGGGCUUCCUUAUGCAACUAAAGAAGCAUUUAAGGUCAUCCGUGAACGGUUGGCCGAGCAAAGUAGCCGGGCUCGGGAGGAAAUGCGUAUGGACGAGUUGUCUCAGGCAAUUUCCGGGCAAGGAUUUACCUCGAAACGAAAGAGGUCAACAAUUCCAAAUAGUAGAAAAACGUCGUGCCCGCGAGUAUUUGCUCGAAUUCGCAAGUUUCCUGCUGAUUAUGACACCAUAUCUGAGGAUUCAGAGUAGACACUAUUAUGUACACACUCAUCUUUAUAUCUUAGUUUAGGUUUGUAUAGAUGCAGAAGGUAGGUUUUUUUUAUUGAUUAGCUUGUAAUAUCAGUCAAUAGUCUCAGAAUUUUGUACGAAGAAAUGAACACAUGACAUGUAAUCCAUCUGAAUUUAGUCCCAUCACAUCUUCGAAACUUGUGGUCUAAAAUACAUCAUGACAUUCAUGUGGCUAUAAAAUCAUUAUGCCAUUUAGGGA